AUGGCUCUGUUCAUGGACUCAGACCUCUCUGUCCUCAGACAGAACCAGCACAAAGACAUGAUGGAUUUUAAGUCGUUAUUUGGAGAAACGGAUCACUGCAAGGAAGUCCGCGGGGAGCGGGCGGUCUCCUCCCCGGAGCCGGAGCGAGCCUGUGGCGGGCUGAUGGAGGGCCAGAGGAAGAGGAAGAGGACCAUCUUCAGCCGGGCGCAGCUGUCCGAGCUGGAGCAGGCCUUCGCCGUGACCCCCUACCCGGACAUCACGCUCAGGGAGCGGCUGGCCGCGCACACACACCUGCCCGAGAGCAAGAUCCAGGUGUGGUUCCAAAACAGGAGAGCCAGAAGUAUCAAGACCGUGAGGCUCCCCAAGUCCAGCCAGCCGGCCCUGGGAGGUGGAGGGGUCCUGGAUCCGGUCCCUGGUCCCGUGUCCUCUGCUUUCCUGGCCUCCCCCACCCUGGCAGACAUAUUCAGGCCGGAGCAGAGCCACUCCUGUGACGACGUCCCACAGAUUUACUCCGACUGGAUCCAGAUCUACAACCACCCAUCUCCUCCGUCCUCCUCCUCUCUCCACCAGCAACCCUCACUGGGCUCCUCCAAACCUGCAGAGUCUCGUCUCUGGGAGGAGGAGCACCACCCGGCGCGCCAGCACCUGGGCCCCGCGCUCCCCGGCUUCCUUCCCGCUUCUUUUCCUCCACCGCAGCAGCACUCGGCCUCCGCCCGCUCCUACCAGGCCUUCAGGAACUACAAACCCCAGACUGUGACUCCGUCUGGGGCUCAUCAGGGCGUGUACGGGGGCGGCGGCGUCACCGGUGGAGGUCACGCCUCUGUGGACCAGGUGGUCCCUUCACACCCUCAGCCGGUGUACUGGGAGGUGACUCAGAGCCAAGGACACCACCACCCACACCACCACCACCACCACCCUCAGAUGGGACCACAGACCUCCAUGGGCUACAUCUCAGACCUGAUCUACAACGCUGCCAUCGUCACCAACUUCCUGGAGUUCUGA